UCUUUAGACAAUACCAUAACGAUAUUUCUGAGCGACCAUGGCAUGCGAUUCGGUGACAUACGUUACACGAGAGCGGGAUGGUACGAAGAUAAGUUACCAUUUUUCUUCAUUCGUUUACCACCGUGGUUCAAAAACAAAUUCGCCAACGAAUAUUCUUCUCUUCGACAGAACAUAAAUCGACUUACAACCCCUUUCGAUCUUCAUCAGACUUUGAAGCAUAUUUUGGUGUUGUCGGGGAAAAAUUAUACCAGUGAACCGGGCAUUUCGUGCCCAGACUGCAGGUCCUUGUUUACUCCCGUUCCACAGGACCGUUCCUGUAACGACGCUGGAAUCCCCAGGACGUGGUGUACCUGUUAUCAUGCCAAAGAAAUGGACACUGAAGAACCCAUAGUACAAUUAGCUGGGAAAUAUAUUGUAGACGUUAUAGAAAACUGGAAGAAGAACGCCGGGACAGAGGCAGAAAAAUGCGAAACUUUUACAUUAAGUAAGGUUAUCACCGCUCUCGCUUUUACUACCGAAAAUUACAUGUAUGUCGGUAUUAAAACGUCACCAGAAGCUAUUUUUGAGGCCCCCGUCGUCGUAAAAGGUAAUAAAACCCAUCCCCAGCUCGAAACCAGUAUCGAUCAUAUACUACGAAUCGACUUUUAUGGGAAACAAACGUGCACUCACGAACUUGAAAUUAAAAAGAGAUGCGUUUGUAAGUAGCAAGUAAUGUGACAAUUACAUUUCCAUUAUAUCAGUAUUAAAUCAUAAAAACAUAUCGCACGCCGUAAAUAAAUUCAUUGAUAACUAUAUUUAUGUGUUCGGCAGCAAUUUCGCUAACGAUCGUCAUCUUUGUAAAGAAAUAAAACAAAAAGAUAUCGCUUUUUUGCGUUAAUUUGGUAAAGUCCAGUUGAAGUCGUUUACGUGGUGAAUGUGAAAAAUGGUGCUAUC